AAGAAGAAGUGUCAAGCCCACAACUUUGUUAAACGUUGGAUCAUUUCGGGAGUUGAACGCACAGUAGUUGGAGUAAGUAGUUGGUAAGAAAAGCGUCCUCGUUCACCUUUCACCGUUCGUAUUUUUAUUUUAUUUUUUAUUUUUUAAGGACUUUCCUAUAAGAACUGCCGCGAAUGCAACCUCGUUUCGACUUCUCGUAGACACGACUAGUCUUCAUCACGAAUCUGAUGUUUGCUUCCUGUUCUCCGCCUGUGAUCUGCGACCAGGAAACGAGAGGCUUUUUCGAACGACAAACUGGUUACCAAAUGGUUAUAGCCACCCUACUUGUUCCUAGUGUUACCUAACAUAAACCUUUGUGCCUGGGGUACACCGGUCACAAGGGAGCAGGGAUCCCUUUAGGCAUUCUUCUACUUGAUGGCAACACAGGAAAUUCUGUUCUUUAGAUUUCCCAGCCCACUGAUCGACUUCAAAACCCAGCGAAGAGACUCUUGGUAGACGGCAUGCAGCCAGAAUGGACAGGCUCAGGGCCGCCUAACGAGAGCCUGCUUUACCAAUCCCUGAAGCCCUAUCUGGACACCCCGACCAGAAAACAGCCAAUCAUCGGCCUCGACAGUGUCACAGAAUGCGUGAAGGUGGGCUCAUGUAGUCAGGAGGCCCUCUACCUGUGCGAGGUGUGCCUGAGUCGCAUGAAAAGGUCAGACGUCCGGAACCACAUCAUGGGGUCCCUCCACAGAUACCGCUACAUUAAUGCCCGGCACCCUGACCUGGCGGUGGGGUGGGGCCAGACGGUGGACGUCUCAAAGCUGGCCUGGCCCUUGAUGGAGAUGGCCAGCGUGCUGGAGAAGAGGGAUGGACCGGGCAUCGUGAAGGUGCUGCAUUUGGAUGCCUUUACUUUCAAGGAGAUGGGACAGAAAAGUGCGGCAAGUGCGGUAUCUCAGAUGGCUGCAAUGAGAUGUGAACGGAUGGAGGGAAGGUCUCCUCACCCAUCGGAGCUCACACAGACCCAUGUCGAUAACUGCGAGGUCCAACCGCGGAGAGUCCAGUCGUCCCCGAAGAAGUGCCCGGUCAAGUCCCGGAACGCCGUAGUUCAGCACCCCAAGUCCAGCGUGCCAUUACAGACGAACAACGCUACGUCCGACGCGGACACCACUAUGAAGUCGCCUCUUGCUAAGUCAGCCGAGCCUUUUGUCCAAUUGGAGAGCAGGGGCCACAUUCUGGACGGUCACACGGUUAUCGGUCUGGACUGUGUGGUGGAGUGUCGGAGGAAGGACAACGGCAGCCCGUCCUGCUUCUUGUGUCAAUGCUGCCGCGUCAAGUCCGACCCAGACGACUUCAUUGCUCACCUGACUAGUCCCUCGCAUAUCUCCAACUACCUGAUGGAGGUUUACCCUGAAUGUGUGGAGGCCAUGAUGGGAGGCCUGAAUGGUGAGAAGGAGCUCCUGCAGUCAGUGGCCCUGAGGGUGGAAAAUAUAGAAGGGAGAGGAGAAUACAAGGUUUUGGAGUGGCCAACACAUCUGUGUGAUCAACUGAGUGAUAAGACCUACCACUGGUGCAUACAAAUGUUCUCUGACAGCGAGCAGUCGACUAGCGCUGCCCGGCAGAAGAAUACCAUUAGCUUAAAAGGUUUAGACGCUUUCCACCAACUGACGACCCGGAAGGACGCCACCGAGGCCGAGUCCGAGCGGGCGGCCAAGAAGCGGAGGACCAGGAAGGAAACCGAUCCCGUUUUCAAGGUAAGCAUGCCGAUGUCUGAAGGUGCGUUCGUUUUGGAGAGGGCGUCUUUCAGCCUGCCCAACUCGGCCGCUGUCAGCACGACGUCCAGGCCACAGUCCAGUCCACCGUCCAGCACACCACCGGGAACCCGGGCCCCGGAGCCCCUGGCCCGGGAGCCCCUGGCACGGGAGCCACUGGCACGGAAGCCCCUGGCAUCGUACUCAAACGUGGACUUUAGCCCGCUGACAGUUACGUUGUUCGAGACGCCACACUUGCCGCUCACAGACUCACCGCCGCGCCAGAUUGAAGUCCGAUGCACAGACGUGGAGGAGACCAUCCCAGUCGUCAUCGGACGCCGAGCGCAGACGGAGUUUGUCCCAGGUUGGGCCCUCCCGACACAGGGGGGCAGACCUGAAACGUACCAACCAAGUACCUCACAAGGCUGCUUUUACCCUCAGCCUGGUGUUGUGACCCCAAGGUCUCUGUCCUCCUGCACGCUCCCCGUAUUUCAUGACGACCAACGAGAAACGAGCCAUGUCGACCCAAAGCCUACCGUCGCUUUUUACUACUGCACCCCUGGAGGCCAGCGGCGGUCCUAGUUAGGAUUUAUUAUUUUUAUUUUUUUCAGGUUCAGGAAAUAUACUUUGGCUAAGGACAAUGGGAUAUUGGCUGCAACGAUUCACAAUGCAAAGUAGAAGGGAUUGUCAUCACGUGUCCCUGUUCAAAAACUUCGGUUUUUUAUUUCUUCAAAGAAACAAAGGGCGUAAACACAAGGGUUUGUGAUACCAAAUAUAUUGUUGAAAUAAGUAUAAUUUUUGUUACUAGAUCUCCAUUCAUUUUUCUUUCAUAUUCAAUGAUAAUCUUUUGAAGACUCAAAUGAAAAAAAUAAUCACUUUACCACUGUAUAAGCUGUUAAUGUUACUUUUUGACAAGUUUAUGCGUGUGAAAAACAUUUUCAUUUAAUUUUUAUAAAUGAUUGAUAUCCUGUUAAUUUUUACCCAAAUGUUGGUCCAAAAUCGCCACAGGGGCAAGUCAAUGUUUUAUACCAAUGUUGGGUGAACAAAAUAGAAUAAACCUUUUGGAACGGCU